AUGGAUCUUUCGAUGAAUCUCGUUCGUGGAGGGGUGGUGGAGGGUCUGGCAACAGUAGCGGCGAGGGGAAGAAAGCUUGCGGAGAGAGAGCGGAGAGACUUAGUUGGGUGGAAGUUGGUAGGGGGAGGAGACAGCAGGCCUGCUGCGGCAGCGACGCCUGCGGUGUCACGGAGCAAUUCGAUGAGUAAUGUCUCGUGGGCUGUGUGA